AUAAGCAUUGUUAACACAGUUCAUGCUUGUCUCUAUAUAAUGUCAUUAAGUCAUUCAGCUAAGCACAGAUAUAUCCAUCAGUACUCACCAUAGCUGAAACAAACUCUCAUCAAAUGAGUCCUCGAAGUUUAAUAUUUCUAGUUCUCAGCUUCAUUGCCUUCAAUCCUUCAAAUGCAAAACAAGAACAACCUUUUUCAAUCAAUAUUGAUAAUUUUCUGGAUAAAAUUUAUCUGUGGGGAGGUGAAGCACAAUCCCAGAUACUUAUUUCAGGCCCUUUGGUACUGGCUGGAGUUCUGUGCUUCAUAGCCUCAGCUAUAUCUAGUGCCGGUGGAAUAGGUGGCGGUGGUCUGUUUAUACCUAUAUUAUCUAUUGUAGCUGGUUUAGACCUGAAAACUGCUUCAAGUCUCUCAGCUUUCAUGGUAACAGGAGGGUCAAUUGCAAACGUUAUGUGCAACAUGUGCAUCACAAGUCUUAAAUUUGGUGGCAAGUCAUUGAUUGACUAUGACAUAGCUCUUUCGUCAGAACCAUGCAUGUUGUUGGGAGUGAGUCUUGGAGUUAUUUGUAACCUUGUAUUCCCAGAGUGGUUGAUCACAGUACUGUUUGCCAUCUUUCUUGCAUGGUCUACGUCAAAAACUUGCAGAAGUGGGUUGAUGCUUUGGAAGUCUGAAUCGGAUCAGAUAAAGAAAAUUGGAGUUGACGAACUUGAGAAGGGGCUGCUAGAAAACGAGACUGUUGAAGAAAGGAAAGUGUUAGCAGUAGGACAUGUGUACAAAGAAAAUAAUGAACCAAAAGAUGUUGAGGUGCCUGUUCCUCUUCUGUCUUCUCAAGGAAAUAGGAAAGUGAGGAUCCCUUGGUUGAAAUUGAUGGUCUUACUUUUGAUCUGGUUCUCUUUUUUCUCCGUCUAUCUUCUCCGUGGCAACAGAUAUGGACAGGGAGUCAUUGAAAUGGAGCCAUGCGGUGUGGGAUACUGGAUUCUGUCAUCGGUUCAAAUACCUCUUGCUGUGGUUUUCACUGCUUGGAUUGUAUUUAGAAAAGAAAGCCUUAGAGACCGAACUCUUAUGCAAGAGAUAACUGAUGUGAAGGUGACAGCAAUCACCAAAAAUAGACCAUCAAAUAUACUUCUUUUUCCGUCAAUGGCACUAUUAGCAGGGAUAUUGGGUGGUGUCUUUGGAAUUGGUGGUGGAAUGCUGAUUAGUCCACUUCUUCUUCAGGUUGGAAUAAAACCUGAGGUAACAGCAGCAACAUGUUCUUUCAUGGUUCUCUUUUCUGCUACCAUGUCAGCAUUGCAAUAUCUGCUGCUGGGAAUGGAACAUGUAGAAGCUGCACUAAUCUUGGCCAUAAUGUGUUUUGUUGCAUCACUUGUUGGGUUAUUAGUGGUUCAGAGAGUAAUUAGGAAGUAUGGAAGAGCCUCUAUAAUAGUUUUCUCGGUUAGUGUAGUGAUGUUUGUGAGUAAUGUUCUAAUGACUAGCUUCGGAGCCAUAAAGGUUUGGACAGACUAUGAAUCACGGGAAUAUAUGGGGUUCAAACUACCCUGUUGAAAACAGUUUUGUUAGACCAAUUUGUGAAUCCUUUCAUGUCAUCAAUAUCAUAGGUAGUCAUGAAUCGAGAAUAACCUUGGACCUUCUAUUUCAAGACUGAGAAAGACAAAUGUGCUACUUGACAAAGUAACGAGAGAGGAUCCAAAUCCUUAUUUUGUAUGACCACAUGCUUAUUGCUAGGGUAUUCAUAAGAAAUGUUAGAAUUCGGGACAUGCUUCAA